AUGCGGACUGCACAACUCAAUCGAAAUCAGACUCUUGGUAUUGGGAGCUGCAAUGUGCGAACGUCCCGGGCCCCUGGUACCCAAAGCCUGACGGUGCACAACCUCUAUCAGUACAACGUAGAUGUCUGCUGCCUGUCCGACUUCCUGACUCAGGGGAUAAUUAUUUCUGGAGUUAACUCUCAUUUCGCCUUAUACCACAGUGGCCCACACGACUCCUCCGGCAAACAUGGUGUGGCAAUUGCCCUCUCGCAAAAGGCGAGCCGUGCACUACUUGCCUGGAGACCAGUCACUGAACGCAUGGUUUAUGUGCGAUUGAAGGGUCACUUCACAAACAUAUCUGUCGUGCACCGCAACAAACGUUUGCUAACCUGGUACUCCAACGACGGCCAUACGGCCAGUGAAAUUGACUACAUUUUAGUCAACUCAAGAUUCCGCAGAUGGGUUCAUGAUAGUAGGUCGUUGCGUGGUGCCGAGACUGGCAAUGCCCAUGGAUCUGACCACGUUCUUGCUCCCCCACGCCUGAAAGCUCACCUCUCAUCUGCGCCCAAAAUGUCACGCGUUAGACGCCUUGAUGUUGCCAAAAUUCGGCAAACCAACACCGCUUAG